GCUCCUCUUCCACGGAGCUUUUAGGAGUCGCCACCGUUUCUAUUCUGAUUUAGUUUCGACGAAGAUGCGUGUCUGAGCAGCACCAAUGUUCUGGCAAUGUGACUGAUUGAUCCAGUAGAUGAACAGUAAAGAUUAAGAGGAUGACAAAUAAGCAUGCUGCUUACACAGCGCUUGGGGCUAAUCCUGCCCCUCCACCCCCCUGGGCUCCCUUUUGAGGACCUGCUGCCGAGGAGAACCCACAGACAGUGACAGACUCUGACAACCGGAGGGAGGACACACAACCUGUUGACGUGCAACAAGUGUCAGCUCGAGAGCCCAUGGCAGGACCCCAGCCCAUCUGCAUCCCCACAGCAGAAGCUGGAACACAGUAGAAGCCCGAUCAGCCAUCUGUCAGACCACCGGAGGCCCCGCGGCUACACCACUCAACUUUAUAGUGCAACAAACACAUAAGGAACUUUUUUUGAGUGUUCAAGGGGACGAACACCCGGCUACGAAGUUUCGUCAGUCAAUCAAGGAGGCGUUUUCAGUGAAAAAUGAUGGAGGAUCACCUGACGAAGAUGCCCAUGCUGCCGUCCUCUUCCCCCACCGAAUCAUCCGGCAGCGUUGGGACAGACGACAGCAGAGGAGCCAAGAGUCCGGCCCCGGGUAAAGCGCUGAGCCCAGCUCUGGUCUGCAAAGUGUGCGGAGACACCAGCAGCGGGAAACACUACGGCAUCUACGCCUGCAACGGCUGCAGCGGCUUCUUCAAACGCAGCGUGAGGAGGAGGCUCAUUUACAGGUGCCAGGCUGGUACAGGCAUGUGUCCGGUCGACAAAGCCCACCGCAACCAGUGCCAGGCAUGUCGGCUGAAGAAGUGCCUGCAGGCGGGCAUGAAUAAAGAUGCCGUGCAGAACGAGCGGCAGCCCCGCAGCACAGCUCAGGUCCGUCUGGACUCCAUCGACGUGGACCCUGAGAAGGAGCACCUGGCCACCACACGGGAGCCUACCUCCUCCUCCUCCUCUUCCUCCUCCUCAUCCUCUUCCGCUUCUUCGGGCGGCUCUGUCAUCACGUGGCCCCACAUCACCUCCUCCAUGUCCAUCACCUCCUCUGUCGCCCCCCAGCGCUGCAUCAGUCCCCAGAACAACCACCGAUUCAUGGCCAGCCUCAUGACGGCCGAGACCUGCGCCAAGCUGGAGCCUGAGGAUGUUGAUGAAAACAUCGACGUGACCAGCAAUGAGCCUGAGAGAGCGUCCUCGGAGUACCACAUGGCUCUGUACCCGUCCAGUUCAGAAAACGUGUACGAGACCUCGGCUCGGCUGCUCUUCAUGUCGGUGAAGUGGGCAAAGAACCUGCCGGUGUUUUCCAACCUGCCCUUCAGAGACCAGGUGAUCCUGCUGGAGGAGGCGUGGAGCGAGCUCUUCCUGCUCUGUGCCAUCCAGUGGUCUCUGCCUCUGGACAGCUGCCCCCUGCUCUCCCUGCCGGACCUCUGUCCCGGCAUGCAGGGCAAAACCAGCUACACCAGCCUGGACCUGCGCCUCCUGCAGGAGGUGUUCAGCCGCUUCAAGGCGCUCGCUGUGGAUCCCACGGAGUUCGCCUGCCUCAAAGCCAUCGUGCUCUUCAAACCAGAGACACGCGGUUUGAAAGACCCGGAGCAAGUGGAGAACCUUCAGGAUCAGUCUCAAGUCAUGCUGGGACAACACAUCCGCUCACACUACCCCAGUCAACCGGCCAGGUUUGGAAAGCUGCUUCUUCUCCUCCCCUCCCUGCGUUUCGUGAAUUCGGAGCGGAUAGAGCUGCUGUUCUUCCACAGGACCAUCGGAAACACACCCAUGGAGAAACUCCUGUGCGACAUGUUCAAAAACUAAAACCGUGUACUCGCCGGCCAUUGCAUUUAUAUUCCUGUAUACAUAUCAAGAGAUUCUGCGUGCUGUUAUUUUUUAAGGCCACUUUAUUUUCUGUUUGUUGUUUCCACAUCAGGUCAUUCUGUAAAAAAACAAAACAAAACAAAAAAAAAAUGAAAAUGCAGUUCAUGUUAUCAUGCUUGCUCUCUGUAUCAUAUCAUCAUAGAUUUGUUUCAGAAGUGACUCGCACUUUGUCCUCUAGUAUGUUUAUGUGUUUGUGAUAGAUGGACUGUUCGUCCCUGCCGUCAUUAAUGUGACUCUUGUAUUCAUACUGUCAUGCCUUGAUGAAGUAAAAAUGAGAGUACCAA